AUGGCAACUGUUUCCAACGGCUCUGAGUACGACUUCAUCGUCGUCGGUGGUGGCACGGCCGGCAAUGCCGUUGCUGGUCGUCUGGCCGAAAACCCCGACGUCCGUGUUCUGGUUGUCGAGGCUGGCAUCCCCAAUCCAGACCAGAUCGAGCAAAUCACCACGCCGUCAAAGGCCUUUACCCUGCGUGGAAGCAAGUAUGACUGGGCCUACAAGACGACGAUGAUCAAGCGCGAAGACUACGAGCGUGUUGAGAAGCCCAACACCCGUGGCAAGGCUCUCGGCGGCAGCACAUGUGCCAACUAUUUCACCUGGAUCCCCGGUUCGAAGCCCACCUUUGACGAGUGGGAGGCCUUUGGCGGCCGAGACUGGAACUGGGACAACUGUGUGGAAUACCUGCGCAAGUGCGCCACCUAUCACGACGAGGAGAAGCGGUAUCCGGCCGAACUGAGCAAGAUCGGAACCGGGGGCCCGGUGCAGAUCUCCCAUGCCGACCUGGUGCCGGAGAUGCAGCCCUUCCGCGACGCGCUUACUCAAGCGUGGGUCUCCAAGGGCCAGCCUCUCACUGAGGACAUCUUUUCCGGCGAAAUGAAGGGCCUCACGCACUGCGUGGACACCAUCCACCGCGGCGUGCGCCAAGGGAGCUUCCUGUACCUGAAGGACAAGCCCAACGUGACCAUUCUCUACGGCGUUCGGUCGAAGCAGCUGAUCAUCGAUCCCGCAACACGCGUCUGCUCCGGCGUCACCGUGAUCAGCGAAGCGUCCAACACCACCGAGAUCAGCGUCUAUGCCAGCCGCGAAGUGAUUGUGUCGCAGGGCGUAUUUGAGACGCCCAAGCUGCUCAUGCUGAGCGGCAUCGGCCCGGCCGCGGAACUCGCCAAGCAUCAAAUCAGCCCCAUUGUCGACUCGCCCCAUGUCGGCCAGCAUCUCCUGGACCACCCCAUUGUGCCUUUUGUGCUCCAGCUCAAGGAGGGAUACAGUCUUGACGACCACGUCCUCCGGCCCGGUCCUCUCUACGACAACGCGCUGGCUGCUUACAAGCGGGACAAGACGGGCCCGGCCAGCUCCGGCUUCCUUGAGCUGGUCGGAUUCCCCCGCAUCGACGAGCGACUGGAGAAGUAUCCCGUCUACCGCGAGGCCAAGGCUGCGAAUGGCGGCCUGGAUCCCUUCGGCCCGGCGGGCCAGCCCCACUUCGAGCUUGAUUUCGUCGGUCUGUUCAGUACGGCCUUCCAGUGGCACUUCCCCAUGCCCGACCAGGGCAGCUACAUGACCGUCAUUGUCGAUCUUCUCCGGCCCCUGUCCGAGGGCGAGGUGACGCUGAACAGCGCCAACCCCCUGGUCCAGCCGCACAUCAACCUCAACUUCUUCGGUCGCGACUUGGAUAUCCUGGCCAUGCGCGAGGGCGUGCGCUGGACAUACGAUGUUCUGACCACCGGCGCUGGGUUCAAGGACAUCGUUGUCGGCGAGUACCCGUGGAAGAUGCCUCUGCAUUCCGACGACGACAUGGACCGGGCGAUUCUGGAACGAAGCCAGACUGGAUUCCACCCCUGCGGUACGGCACGUCUCUCGAAAAGCAUCCAUCAAGGUGUCGUUGACUCGAAGCUGCGGGUACACGGGGUGCGCAACCUGAGGGUUGCGGAUGCUUCCGUUAUCCCUGUGAUUCCGGACUGCCGGAUUCAGAACUCGGUCUACAUGAUUGGCGAGAAGUGCGCGGACAUCAUCAAAUCCGAGUACAAGGAUUUGUACGAGUCGAAGAACGUUCCCUACUUUGUCUCUAGCAGGUUGUAA